AGGGCCCUAAUUGCUGGUCUCUCACACAAACACACAGAGCUGCUUUAUCUCCAGCCGGCCACACCACGCUUCAACAGACAGCCCAGCGACUGCAGCCUCCACAGUUCAACACCCCCUCACCACCCUCUGCAUACACCACAACCACCUUAA